AUGGCAUCGGCAGUGUCAAACAACGAAAACAAAAACUAUGGCGUGUUGCUGAACAAGGUCAAUGAUCUUCAAGUUGUGGAGAUUCCUAUGCCAACUCCCAAGGAAGAUGAAGUACAAGUGCAAGUCAAGGCGACGGGCAUCUGCGGAUCUGAUAUCCACUUGUGGAAACAUGGUGAAAUUGGCAUUUUUCCAGUGACUCGUCCACAGCUCUUGGGUCAUGAAAGUGCUGGUAUUGUCACCAACGUCGGAUCCAACGUCCACGAUCUACAGAUUGGCGAUCGUGUUGCCAUUGAAGCUGGCAUUCCGUGCUCGGAGUGUGAUCAAUGCAUGAGUGGACGAUAUCAUUUAUGCCCUACCGUUGUAUUCAAAUCGACACCACCUUAUGAUGGCCUGCUUGCAAAGUACAUUACACAUCCAGCACGUUGGGUGCACAAGAUGCCAGAGGAGAUUUCGUAUGAAGAAGGUGCCCUACUUGAACCACUCAGCGUGGCCAUUGCUGCUAUUGAACGAGUGGGUGUAUCAUUUGGUCGAUCCUUGCUUGUUACAGGUUGCGGCCCUAUUGGUUUGAUGGUGCUGGCUGUUGCCAAAGCAGUAGGCGUGAGCCCUGUGAUCGUCACCGAUGUCCAACAAAGUCGCUUGGAAUAUGCUGAAAAGAUGGGUGCAGAUUACACGUAUCAAGUCAAUCCUCGUUUGGCCGAUGUAGAUAUCGCAAGAGAUAUCCGAGCACUCACUCCCAAUGGUGAAGGCGUUGAACAUGCUCUUGAAUGUACUGGGAUUGAAUCCUCUUUUCGUGCUGCUAUCAUGGCCACGCGUGACGCAGGCACUUGCUGCCUUGUUGGUGUAGGCAAGAAUGAUCAAAGUCUACCCGUCAACAACUUUGCCAUGCGUGAAGUCGAUAUUCGUGGCUUGUUUAGGUACCAUCAUACUUAUCCACGUGCCAUUCAACUCUUGACAAGCGGCAAAUUGGAUGUCAAGCACUUGAUCACUCAUCGAUUUGAAUUCAUGGAUGCACUCAAGGCCUUUGAUACAGCUGCAGAUUAUUCCACGGGCGCCAUCAAGGUACAAAUCAUCAAUGGUGAUUAG